UCCACACAAAGUAAUCAACUGUUUCGCUUCCAUCCUCCACUGUGAGUUCUAUGGCCGCAACUGUUUCACUCUCGUUCUCUUUAGAUCCACAGCACCACCACCACUGCCAUCUCUACCACUUCAGUCCCCGCCAAACCCUUCCCUUCCCUCCGUCAACCUCCUCAUCUCUUAGUCUUCCCCCCAAAUACCCACUUUCUAUUUUCCCCAAUUCGGACCGUUUCUCCUUCAAGUCUUCCUCCUCCCCAUCUCGUUCUCCCACUACCACCACCGCUACUGAUUCCACUACUACUGAUUCCGCCACCACCACCAAUACUGAUUCCGCUGCUACUACUUCAACAGCUUCGUCAUUCCUUGAAUACCCACUUCGAACAUGUAAGUUUCUGAGCAAUGAAGAGCUCGAGCAGCUCAAACUCCUCGAGGGUUUCAGGUAUUACCAGGAAUUGGAAUCUGGGUCGAUGUGGAUUCGGGUGAUGAGGCCGGAAGAGUUGGACAUCACCGUUGGGUUGCUCGCCGAGUCGUUUGCGGAGUCGAUGCUUUUGCCUUCUGGGUACGUGUCUGUGCUGGGAUACUUGGUCAAGCAGUACUUGUUUGAGAGAAUGGAGCUGCUUCCCUACACUGCCACGCUCAUGGGGUUUUACAGAAGAAAAAAAGAAGAGGAAAAGGCAGAAGAAGAACAACUGGAAGAAGUAGAAGAUGAAGUUGAGCUUUUGGCGGGGACUGUGGAAGUUUGCUUUAACAAAAAGGGGGCCAAUGCUUCUCCUCCCACACCAACUCCUCCCAAGAAUUCGCCUUAUAUAAGUAACAUGGCCGUGAAAAAGUCGCUUCGGAGGAGGGGCAUUGGCUGGCAUCUUUUGAAGGCAAGCGAGGAACUAAUCUCGCAGAUGAGUUCCUCAAGAGAGGUGUACUUGCAUUGCAGGAUGAUUGACACAGCUCCAUUCAACAUGUAUAAAAAAGCAGGAUACGACAUUGUAAAGACAGAUAACAUUUUGGUUAUGUUGCUGUUGCAGAGGCGCAAGCACUUAAUGUGCAAGAAAAUUCCAGUGUUAAACAGCUUUUCGGAAUCAGAUACGUCAUGCUCUGAAGAGGAAUCAACACCAUGAAUGUAUAUAUGUGAACAUCAUAAUAUGUGUCUCUGAGGAUAGAUGAUUAGAGGCAUUGAGGAGGUUGUGAGGAUUAUCCAGCUCAGUUGACGUCUUUGUAGAAUGCUUGAUCCUAUGAGCCGAUUGCUUGCAUUUUGUGAUGUGUAUGGUAGAGUUCUGGCUUGCUGCAGGUAAUCUCAUCAGGCAAGUCCAUUUCUUGUAUGCCAUAUGUAGUACUAGACUCCUAACCUUAAUGCAAACAUAUAGUUCAAUGACUAUAUCCACUCUAGUUUUGGUGCAUGUGAGUUAGAAAUUGUAUAUACAUAAUCCUGAAGUUUAAUACAAGGAAUAUAUUUCGGGA